AACCGCAUAGAGCAGAUCAAACCCCAAAAUACACAUCAAGUGCAUUCAUUUCAAUAUCUUGACUCGUUCCACCACACCUUCAACUUUCAUUUCCGUCAUCGUCGCCGUAUCGCAGCGAGCGCAGGCAUCUGGGGUCGGAAUCAGGGUUGCCUCAGCCUUAAAAGAGCGUCACGUCCGUCUCGUUCUUCAAGCAUUCACCAUCACUCUUUUUCAGGAUCCAGCAAACACAUAUCGAUAACAACUCAUUGUCAUGGCACGCCAUCAAAACAUCCGAAACCUCGACUACGAGGCAGAACUUGAGGAGUACGGAGCGUUCUCCGACGAGGAAGAGGAGGAGCUCAGCCCAGAAGACCAGGUCCGCAUGAGGGAAGGCACAGCUCAGGUACUGGAAGCACUUGGAGUUGAGGCACACAAAGUCCCAAAGACGCAGAUAGAAGAGUCGCUGUGGCACUACUACUGGGAUGUUGACAAGACCAUCACCUACCUCAUUUCCAAGUACAUCGACCCGCCCAAGAAACCUGCCAAGACUGCUCCUCCAAAGACAGCGCCAAAGCAAGAUGCGGCCAUUGCAAGUGCUUCUCGCCAGUCAUUUGCCCACCUGUUCCGGGACUUGCCAUGGGGAAACAUUCCACCCGAGCGGCAGGCGGUUCUCAUACCGCCUCCGCAGCUACCUGCAGGCCUUCUUGGAGGUUCAGGAGCGCCUCCGAAGAUGUCCAAGCUGCAGCAGCUGGCAGCCGCCCGGAAGAAGAAAGCCGAAGAGAAGAGCGCCUCAGGAGAAGUUGAGCAGACACAAGUCAAGAUGACGGAGCUCACUGUCAACGACAACCAAGCAUCCAAAGAGAAUCGUCCGCUGGCUGGCGUGUUUGGCAAGCGGGUAAAGAUAUCAGAGACCACUGCUCAAGGACGCAUCCCACUCACUAUGGCGGAGCCCACAAGACCCGAAAUACCACAAGCUCAAGCGCCAGAGGCUACUCCAAGUCAGCACCAGGAGGAGGAUCCAAUCGACCCGGAGCCGGCAGUGGCACCGCCAAAAGCUCAACCGUCUGCUUUCGCGUCGACUCUCUUCGGCCCCUCAUCGGAUAGUCCCAAGCGCAGACCCCGCGAAGUGUUCGCCUUACCAUACAUGGCAAUUUCUUCGUACAGCCCGGAUGCCUUUGGCAAACCCAGCCCAGAUGACGUGGUCCUUGCGGCUCAGGCGAAAGUCGCCACAGCCGGAAAGAAGUCUGCGAACGUCCACAACAAAAAAGGGUCAUCUUCCGCAGAUGGCGUGACCAACCAAGUCAGCCAGCUCAAGAUAGACGACACACCCUUGCCAAAGAGCCGCAAUCUCAACGUGCUCUCUGAAUUUGAAAAGCAGAAGGGUAAGAAGACUGCCAGUUUCGUGGUUGUCGGCCACGUUGAUGCCGGCAAGAGCACCAUGAUGGGGCGACUACUACUCGACCUCAAUGUUGUCGACCAGCGGACCGUCGACAAACUUCGGAAAGAGGCGGAAAAGAUCGGCAAAACGUCUUUUGCGCUUGCCUGGGUAUUGGAUCAACGCCACGAGGAGCGUAGUCGAGGCGUCACCAUCGACAUUGCUACCAAUCGCUUCGAGACAGAAACUACUUCUUUUACUAUUCUUGACGCUCCUGGCCAUAGGGACUUUAUUCCCAACAUGAUCGCUGGCGCAAGUCAGGCAGACUUUGCGAUCCUGGUUAUCGAUGCAAGUACAGGAGCUUUCGAGUCUGGUCUCAAGGGUCAAACCAGAGAACAUUCUCUUCUUAUCCGCAGCAUGGGUGUCUCGAGAAUCAUCGUGGCUGUAAACAAGCUUGACACGGUCAACUGGUCCCAGGAGAGAUUCGACGAGAUCACGCACCAGGUUUCGGGAUUCUUGACAGCGACUGGGUUCCAGCCCAAGAACAUCGCGUUUGUACCCGUAUCGGGCCUCCACGGUGAUAACCUCGUCCGAAAAUCCACAGACCCAGCAGCGUCUUGGUAUACGGGUAAAACACUGGUGGAGGAGCUCGAGGCUUCGGAACCAAGUGCGAGGGCAUUGGCCAAACCCCUGCGGAUGACCAUUUCGGAGGUUAUGCGCACACCCCAGAGUUCCAUAUCGAUCACUGGCCGCAUCGACGCGGGCUCAUUGCAAAUGGGCGAUGCGCUUCUGGUGCAACCAAGCGGCGAGAAGGCCUACGUCAAAUCUCUUCAGGUCGACGACGGAGAACCAGCGGACUGGGCCGUUGCCGGACAGAAUGUGGUCCUUCAUCUCAGCAACAUCGAUCCCAUUCACGUCCGCGUCGGAGACAUCGUAUGCGACCCUGCCAAGCCGAUUCAGUGUGUGGACACGUUCACGCUCAAGGCGUUGGCGUUCGACAUUCUCAUGCCCAUGCAGGUGGAUGUGCACAGGGGAAGGCUCCAUGCGGCUGGAAAGAUCGAGGCUAUCGAUGCCAUCUUGGAUAAAGUGACAGGCAAGGUGACGAAGAAGAAACCAAUGAUUGUGAAACCAGGAACAGUUUCUAGGGUUAGGGUCACGCUACACUCAAAGGUACCACUCGAGGCAGGACAGAGGGUCGUGCUUAGGAGUGGUGGACAAACGGUGGCAGCUGGAUUGUUGGAAUGAUUGGGGUGGGGGUGGGAACUAAUGGAUUGGGAGUUUAGAACGGGUGUAACGGCGAGAAGACGCGGGAAAUGGAGCGGGGGAAGUUUCGAAUAGUGUACAUAUACCUACACAGCCUGGGGUCUUCUGCCACAGGUGCUUACCCGUGAAAGCCAGCGGUUGGAAGUAGCGGAAUAAGAUUCUCACAGC